ACCGAUUCAAAACAUUUAAUUCAAACCCUGUUGUUUCCAGAUUCCUCAGUGUUUCAUCAGUGACUCUUUGAGUAUGAGUGACUUCCCCCAAAGCCAGAAUGACAUGUUGAUUGCGAAGGUAGAUGAACUCCAAAGGCAAAUCUUAGCCCAGCGCGCAGAAAUGCGAGUCCUGACGGAGUCGGUAACGAAGCUUACGGCUUUCGUAAAGCAGUCAAUGAAAUCGAAGAGGCAGAGACUAGGAGAUACUGCUGUCGAUGAUGAUUUCCCAAUUUCGUCGGAUGCGGAGUUGGCGGAGAUCGAUGCGAAGAUAUGCAAGGAGACCAGGGGAAACUAUAUACAUUAUAUGAAAAAAAUAUUGGGCCAGGGACGAGUGAGUUUAACCAUAAAAUCAAUUUUUUCCGAAGAAAUCAUCAUGGCCUAUAAUAAUGACGGAACUGGAAACAAAAAAAAACUUAAAGAUUAUGAAAAUUUGUUCAAUGCGCUCUUAGAUGCUAUUGGUCAAGUGGUCCCUUCGGUGGCUUCAGAAAAAGUUUUAUCUAAGGCGAUGAGAUGUGUCAAAAAUAACGCUGCCCAAAAAAAAAAGAACAUUAAGACCGAGGAAGACUCAUUAGUUGUAAACUUUUAAUUUAGAUUAUGUAAAAAAAAGAUGCAAGAGGAAAACGUCUGAAUGUUUGAAUCGUUUAAAAAUCUACAUUCUUCAGCAUCUGAGGGUAUGCCCAAAAUGGGCCCUGUUGAAUUUGUCAAACAGCUGACCCGCGUGAUUUCGUUUUUAGUUACUAUUUAAAAUUAUGAAUAAGCCAUGAACAACUAACUUGUAGCAUAGUUUUGUAUGAUCCAUUAACUCUAAUGAACGAAACCGUAGCGGUAAACAUUUAAGGUUAUGUUUAUUAU